UAUCAAACGAAAACCCUUAUAUUCUUUCAAUUUAUUCCUUGUUCGAUUAUGACAGUUGAGAACCCAUUAGCACAAGCUGAGCUUGAAAUCCUUGAAGAACAUCAACAAAAGGAAAAAAUUAAUAAUGAAGAGUUUAAAAUUUGGAAGAAAACCGUUCCUUUACUUUAUGAUACAAUCCAUACACAUGCCUUGGAUUUCCCAUCACUCUCCUUACAAUGGCUCCCAGACUAUGGUGUUGCCGAUAAUAAGAACUCCAUAGAUGUCAAAUUGUUGAUUGGAACAAACACUUCUCAAUCAUCCCAAGAUUAUUUAAAGCUUGUUCUGUUCAAUGUCCCAAGUACUUUGGCUCCAAAUUUUCUGUCAAUCUUGCCUCCAAAUUCUCAAGGAGUUCCUGUACCACUUUCCAACGUGGAUACCCCAGCCAACUACAGCUUUAAAGUGUUGAGCACUUGGAAACACAAGGGUGAAAUCAAUCGUAUUAAAUUGUCCCCCAAUGGAGAAAAGGCUAUCACUUUUGAUAAUGAAGGAGUCGUUCAUUUAUAUGAUUUGAAGAACACUGGUGCCACUAUAAGCGCUCCAACAAGCUUCAAAUACCACAAGUUAGAAGGGUAUGCAUUGGAAUGGAUUGAUGACUCUCUGUUCUUAUCGGGAGCAAAUGAUUCACAAAUUGCCUUGUGGGAUGUCUCAAAACCUUCAACCCCUAUCCAAGUAUUCAGAACUCAUGGAGCUGUAGUGAAUGAUAUUUCAUAUAAUCGUAAUGGCAAUGGAAUAUUUGCAUCUGUAUCUGAUGACUAUACCACUCAAAUCCAUGAUUUGAAAUCAAAACCGGUGACCACCACUUCCACUACCAAUCAAGCCAACCCUGCUAUCAAGAUAACAACUAGUCACAUCCAGAAUGCGGUGGCCUUCCACCCAGAAAUUCCCACUUUAUUUAUCACUGGUGGUAAAGAUAAUAUCAUAUCGUUGUACGAUUUACGUAAUCCUUUACAACCAAUUAGAAAAUUCUUUGGUCAUAACGAUAGUGUCAUAGGGGUAAAGUGGGACGCUCUUACUGACCCAUCUGUGUUCCUUUCUUGGGGUUUAGAUAAAAGAGUGAUCCUGUGGGAUAUUAGCUCUAUCGAUGAAGAUUUCACAUAUCCUACAAUCUCUGAAAAUGGUGGAGGUCAUGAAGUGGCCACAGUCACCAAUGCUGGUAAGAAGAAGCAAACAAAGGUGACUGAUCCGUGUUUAAGAUUCAUCCACGGUGGACAUACCAACAGAGUCAAUGAUGUUGAUUUGCAUCCACUGAUCAAGGGUCUUGUGGCAAGUUGUGGAGAUGAUAAUUUAAUUGAGGUUUGGAGAGCAAAGACGAUUUUUGAAGAGGUUGAAAUUGAAGAAGAGGAUGAAGAAAAGGCGGGCUCAGAUGUUGAAAUGAAGGAAUGAAAUACUCGUAUAAAUGUAAAAGUAUAGUAAAAUAGAUAACAUGAAU